AUGCGAGCGGUGGGCUCCUACUGCAGAUCAGAUAAGAAUCCUCCUACUGCAGAUCAGAUAAGAAUCCUCAAGGAUUUUUAUGACAAUGGAGGUAAGAACCCAACUCCAGAGCAGAUUCAGAGGAUCACUCUCCAGCUGAAACGGUACGGACUGGUCGAGAACAAGAACGUCUUUUAUUGGUUCCAGAACCACAAGUCUAGGGAGAGGCAGAAGAAGAAGUUAACUUCGGAUGUUCAUGUGCCCAUGCAAAGAUCAGGGCUUGUUGGUGGAUCCAUUAAUCUCAAUUUUGGGUCAACUAGUUCAACUGGUGUUGAUGGAUCCAUUAAUCUCAAUUUUGGGUCAACUUGUUCUGCUGGUGUAGGUGGAUCCAUUACGGAACAACGAGGAGAAGAUCACCAGGAGAUUGAAACCCUUCCACUAUUCCCCAUGCAUGGUGAGGACAUCUUUGGCAACAUGAAGACUACUUCCGAGGGAGGUAGUGGCUAUGGCUACUACUCCGGUGGUUGGGACGGCAACAACGGUGGUUCUCGCAUUUCUCUUGAGCUCAGCCUCAACUCCUCCGGAUCUGCUGACGUGGCUUAGUUACAAUUUUAUUUUUUAAAUAUAUAUAUAAAUUUUUUUUUUAAAUAAGACUGAAUGAAUGUUUUUAUUUUUUUA